CACAGGAAGGUCACACCAUCCCCCACCAUCAUCAGGGUGAAGAUCUAAUGAAAAUAAAAGUCAAGAAUGAAGUAGAAGAGACGUAUGUGAGGGAUGAUCAGCAAUAUACGGAGGAGGCUGGAAUGACGAGGACAUUCAUAGAGGAGGACACUCCUACAGAGAUCAGCACAGGACACGCCAUGGAGAAACCCUCAAAGGAUCGUCUCACUUUAUCUCCAGGUUCUAGACUGGAAUAUGAAGACUUCACGGGAGAUUGCUCAGAAGUGAAGACAAUGAGCUCAGCUGUGGACACGAUUCACAAUGUAUAUAAACUAUUGAAUCCCUCUGACUCUGAGCAACCUCAUACUUUGAGGGAUGGGGCCGCAAUUCAGGUGGAAUUUCAGAAGAAAUUUUCCUGUCCUGAGUGCGGGAAAAGUUUUACCUCUGAAUUGAGUCUUUCUAUACAUCAGAGGUCCCACACGGGUGAAAAUCUUCACUGCUGCCCUGAGUGCGGCGAAUGUUUUUUCCAUAUAGGAGAAUUCAACAAGCAUUGCAGAUCUCACACGGGGGAGAAGCCGUAUACCUGUGCCGAGUGCGGGAAAUCUUUUUCAGAAAAGACGACCCUUGCCAGACACCAGAAGUUGCACACGGGCAAGAAGCUGUAUUCCUGUUCCGAGUGCGCGAAAUGUUUUACACAGAAAUCAGACCUCGAUCGACAUCAAAGAUCUCAUACGGGGGAGAAGCCGCAUUUCUGCACUGAGUGUGGGAGAAGUUUUUCCGAGAAAUAUAUGCUUGUUAGUCAUCAGAGAACUCACACGGGGGAGAAGCCGUAUUCCUGCGCAAAGUGCGGAAAACAUUAUACGCGCAGGUCAGAAGUUGUCAAGCAUCAAAGAUCUCACACGGGGGAGAAGCCAUUUUCCUGCCCUGACUGUGGCAAAUGUUUUUCACAGAAGUCUUACCUUCACAAACAUCAGGGAACCCACGCAAACUUCGACAAGUGUUAGUGUGCCAAAUGUGGGAAGUGUCUUCUAUAGGAAUCAUAUUUUGCCAUACAUAAGACUUCUCGCAGUGGGAAGAAACACACCUUGAUAUACACUUCCCGUGGCAUCUGGGAAGGAUCCUUUUCUUGGCUUGGAGGCCAGUUUCGAGAGACUUUUCUUCUCUGCUUUUGAUGUUUCUUUUUUCCUUGUGGUCUUUUCCCUUCCAUAUUUCGUUGUUUGUUGGUACUGGUUUUCUCCUCUCAGGUGCACCCUAGAACCUCAUGGACAUACUUUGGUUCUUUUUGGAUUUAAAGAUCAGAUGCAUGCCGAACGUGGAUUGCGCCCUGGGGAGACCACAUCCAGACAAGGCAUCUCCUUCUUGACGUCUGCUCUUUUUAGGAAUUCGCUAUUGCAACCUCUUUAAUGCUUAUGGAAUUUAAGAACCUAUAGGUGGUAGGCUUAUAUCUCUUUGGGGCCUCCUUCCAUACUCCCUCCCCUGGGAAGCGAUAUAGAAAUCUGGGAUAAUGACAUAAGAAAUUUAUAAUGCAUGUUGUAUGAUGUAUCAUCAGAACCGUGGCUGUUUACGUAUUUGUAUAUGGUGAAAAAUAUCAAAUGCUGCAUUAAAAAUAAAAAAUAAAAACACGUG